AAAGAGUGGAUGAAGCCGUCUAAUUCGGAAAUAAAGAAGCCACAGAAAUCAUCAAGGUGGGUGCGUCUUCCCAGGCCAGGCAAGUGGUGUUCUCGCGACCGCCUCGUCGACCCUUCCCACGUCCAUCAGAGGAUUACGGAUACUACAAAAGGGCGUUAAGGUAUCCAAAAUUUUCCAGUUGCGUAAUCAGAUGGCUGAGAUGGGCGAAGCCACCGCAGCCGACCGGGCGGUGCUCUGCAUCGGGGACAUCCACGGCUACAUCUCCAAGCUGCGUUCCCUCUGGUCCAACCUCGAGGCCGUCGUAGGCUUCGAUUCCUUCGCCACUGCCCUCGUCAUCUUCCUCGGCGAUUACUGUGACCGCGGCCCCCACACCCGCGAGGUCAUCGACUUCCUCAUCGCCCUCCCUUCCCAAUACCCGCGGCAGCGCCACGUCUUCCUCUGCGGCAACCACGACCUCGCCUUCGCCGCCUUCGUCGGUGCCCUCCCGCCGCCACCCGACGGCUUGCCCUUCUCAGCCACCUGGGCGGAGUACGCACUGAACGAGGAGCGGGAAGGCUGGUUCAAGGGAGAGGGCUACGAGGCCAUGCACGUGCAAGGAAGGCGAUGGGGCGGUGACAUAGGCGGCCGGUUUAACCCCAAGAAGGGAAUGGCCUAUAAGGGUUCCAUCUAUGAUGCUGGGCCAACCUUCGAGUCCUAUGGCGUUCCCCAUGGCUCUGCGGAUUUGGCCAAAGCAGUCCCUGAUACCCACAAGAAGUUUCUUUGUGACUUGGUUUGGGUUCAUGAGGAGGAUAAUGUACUGAUUGACAGUCCUAAAGGAAGGACUUCCUGCAAAUUGAUUGCCGUUCAUGCUGGAUUAGAGAAAUCAAAGGGCGUGGAGGAACAGCUAAAACUUUUGAAAGCUAGGAACACAAUUUUACCAAAGGUGGAACAACUUAGCGGGCGGCAUGAUGUGUGGGAAAUGCCAAAGGAGCUUUCUGAUAAGUCAACUCUAGUGGUCAGCGGUCAUCACGGAAAAAUCCACAUAGAAGGCCUCCGAUACAUCAUUGAUGAAUGUGGUGGGUUGGAGCAGUUGCCAAUUGCUGCAGUAGUGUUUCCUUCAGAGAUGAUUGUCCGAGAUAUCGACCAAAUUGUGGCCGAAUGUUGAGCGUGCACCUUAUGCGUCGUUACAAGCAGUGGUACUUGGGUUUUAUGUUAUCAAAGAACAUUUUCAUGCAAUAACAAGCACCAAACUCAAUCAGGAGCUACAGCCUACGGUACCGUGUCCAGAAGCAUCUUAAUUCACUUCCCAAGACCUGAUUUUAUUUUAGCGAACCUACUUGCAUGAGUUGCAUCGAAGGCCGAGUGUUUGCAACUUUGGAGAUCAAAAGUUCUUAUUUAGCUCUCUAGAUGAUGUUUCUAUUUGACCUAUUCUAGAUGAAUCCAUUAAAUAAUUCUUGUUAUCUUUAAUAGUUUCAUAGUGUUGAGAGUCUAGACGUAAAACUUGAUAAGAUCCACCAUGUAAAAGGCAAUCUUUUGAAUGUGUAAUGUUUGAAUGCAAGGAGUAAAUUUUCGGAAAAGAAAAAAAAAAUUUGGUCAUCGCU